CAGCGUUGCUCCGCGAUAGGUCUUGAUAUUCGGACUUGUUCGGCUGGGCUCGGGUAUUUCCGUUCGUGCAGGGCGUCCCGCGGUAAUUUCCGGGGACGCUCGCGGGUCCACGCAUGGGCGGUGCCGCCGCCAUCUUUAAGUAGGGCAGGUGCAGGUCCCUCGGUUCGCAGUCCGCUUGUGCAGACUGCAGCGUAGGUGGGUCUUACGAGGCCUUGCCCCAGGAGGUCACAGUGGCAGGGUGAUCAUGGCGGGCCGGAGCCCGGUCGAGGCCAUAGGCUUUGCCCAAAGAGGGCGGGGUCGGGCGCCCUCGGUGUCUCAUCGCAAACGCCACGCACGCGCGGAGAUUCUGGCUGAGGCAGAGGCAGGUAUGGCAGGAGAGGCCAAGGGGCUGCCAUCGUGGGCACACUGGUAGCAACUGUGGAUAGGCACUGGGGAGAGACCUCAUCAAGGUGUGUGUUCCAGGGAGGCGGAAUGAAGACAACUCCCCGGCUGCAAGUAUCGGGGAAGGCAUCCCUCGGUGGGAUUGGCCUCUGCCACACUGCCAAGCGGGACCGAAAGUCCAUCACCUUGCAUGUGAAAUUAGAGGUGCUUCGGAGGUUUGAGGAAGGUGAGAAGCUGACUCAGAUUGCCCGGGCCUUAGGGCUGGCCACUUCUACUGUUGCCUCGAUCCGUGUCAACAAGGACAAGAUCCGGGCCAAUUCUCAGGCAGCCACACCGGUAAGUGCCACACAGCUGACCCGCUGCCGGGGUGUGGUGAUGGGCCAUAUGGAACGCUUGCUGAGCCUCUGGAUCGAGGAGCAAAAGCGACAGAACCUGCCUAUCAGCACGCUGCUUAUCCAGGACAAGGCCCGACGGCUCUUCGUGCAGCUGCAGCAUGAGCAGGGUAAUGGCACUCGGGCUGAGACCUUUGGGGCCAGUAAUGGCUGGUUUGCCCGAUUCAAGGCUCGCCACAAUGUGCUUUUGACAGAUGAGCCAUCUGUGGCUGACACCCAGGCUGCUGCCCACUACCCCCCAGUGCUGCGCACCAUUCUAGAGGAGGGCUGCUACUCACCACGCCAGGUGUUCAAUGUGGAUGAGACUGGCCUGUUCUGGAAGCGGCUCCCAGAGCGCAUGUUGUUGGCCCUGGAAGGGGCAGCUGGGCCUGGCCUCAAGGCCUCUAAGGACCACCUGACCCUGCUGCUUGGUGGCAAUGCAGCUGGUGAUUUCAAGCUGAAGCCGCUGCUGGUGUACCCCUCAGAGAACCCACGUGCCCUCAAGGGCUGCUCCAAGGCCAGCCUUCCGGUGGUCUGGCGCUCUAACCGCAACGACUGGCUGACACCCAGCAUCUUCCAGGAGUGGUUUACUAGCUGCUUCUGUCCUGCUGUGGAGAGCUACUGUGCCAGCCACGGCCUCCCACACCGUGCCCUGUUGGUCUUGGACGGCGCACCCUGCCACCCUGCUCACCUGGGUGGCCUCUCACCCCAUGUGCGAGUUGAGUUCCUGCCCAAGAACACAUCAGCCCUGAUCCAGCCCAUGAACCAGGGUAUCAUUGCCACAUUCAAGGCCUAUUACCUGCGCCGUAUGCUUAGCCAGCUGGUCCAGGAGACAUCUGGUGAAGACCGACCCUCCGUGCGGGAGUUCUGGCGCAGCUAUACUGUUGUGACUGCUGUAGACAAUAUAGCCAGAGCCUGGGCAGAGUUGCAGCCCGCCACCAUGAACAGUGCUUGGAGGAAGCUGUGGCCCGAGUGUGUGCCUCCUGGCGCUCCUGAGCUGGAGACUGUGCCUCAGCUCCGCCGCAGCAUUGUCGCACUAGCCAGCCAUGUGGGCCUUGGAGAUGCAGCCGAGGCCGAUGUUGCCAACCUCUUGAAGGCCCAUGGGGAGACCCCACCCCAUGGCCUCCCCCAGGAUGCAGAUGAUGGUGGGGACAUUUGUGGCUCUGGGUUGCCAUGGCAGGCAGGGAAAGGCUCGGUGUCCGGAAAACGAGAGCCAGAUUUCACAGAGGCUGUAGUGGGUGUGGGGACUGAAGAUACUGAUGUGGGUGCUCUGAGCCCUGAGCACCUGGGCCAGGCCCUGUCACACUUUGCUGCUGGUUUACGGGUCCUCCUGGAGAACGAUCCAAACCGGGAACGCAGCCUCCGGGUGUCUCGGGAUGUCCACUGUGCCCUUGCCCGCCUCCGGGAGCUGCACCGGGAAAAGAGGCGACAGGCCCGGGCAGGUGCAUCCUCAGGAGGGCCCAUGGCAGUGGCACCAAGGGAUUUGGCAGGAAACCUGCCCUUGUCCCACGUGGGGCCCACAGAGGGUGAGGAGGUGGCUAAGGGCACAGGUCAUGAAGCACGGGCUGAGGCCUGUCCUGAGGACCAGUGGUCUGGAGACCUGCAGAGCUGGCCAAACCCUUCACGGAUGGAGCUCAGCAGGUCAGAGCCAGGGCAGCAGUGGCAUUGAAAUCGGCAGGCCCAGGGCAGGAACAUGCAUAUUCUUUAGCUGUGUUUGUAGAGGGUGAUGCAGAUGGAGCCUCCUCCACUGGUCAAGGUGGUCUUCAGACCACUCUGGCUGGAAGAUCGCUCUGGAGAUGCCACCCAGUGCAACCCUGUGCCAAGGCACCAAGUGGGACUGCAAGGCUGUCAACCCUCAGCUUGAGGUGUUGGCAGUGCUUUGAAGCCAGAGAGAAGCUUAGUAGAAUAGGGGAGGUGCUGGGACUGUCCACCUCCACUGUGGCUACCAUUCUUGACAACAAGGAGAAGAUCCGAGUGAGUGUCUGGUCGGCCAACCUGCAGGCGGCCCAGAUUGACACGCAGCUGCAGUCUGGUGAUGGACAACGUGGAGUGGGUGGCGAGGCUGUGGGCACGACUGUGGCAGUUGUGUGCAGGUAGCCCGCCCUGUUGCGAAGAGUGAUCUGGGAGGGCGGCUGCACACCCUGGCUGUUGUUCAGCAUGGAUAAGACUGGACUUCUCUGGAAGCAACUGCCUGCUAGGAUGCUUCUUUCUCUGGAGGAGAAGUCAUCCGGGAUGCAAAGCUGCCCGAGCUCUGAUGCUGCUGCUUGUUGGCAAUGUGGCUGGCGACUUCCAGCCGAAGCCACUGCUGGUGUACCCCUCAGAGAACCUGCAUACCCUCAAGGGCUGCCCCAAGCCCAACCUGCCUGUGGCAUGGCGCUCACACAAGGGAGUCUGGGUGACCAUGAGCCUCUUCCAAGAGUGGUUUGUGCACUUCCGGCCAGCCAUAGAGAGGUACUGUGCCCAUUACGGCCUCCCGCACAAAGCACUGCUCAUCCUGGACAGUGCCCCUGGCCACCCUGGGAGCCUGGACGACCUUUCGGAACACGUGUAUGUGGGGUACAUGCCCAAGAAAACCAGGGCCCUUGUCUGGCCCAUGAACCAGGACGCUGUUGCCACCUUCAAGGCCUGUUGCCUGCGCAGGGUCUUCCGCCUGUUGGUGUUGCGGGUGUGAGGCAGGGACCACCAGCACUCAGUGACCUUGACAUCUGGCAAGAAUACAGCAUUCUAGACACUGUCUACGACAUCUCUGAGUCCUAGGAGCAGGUCUGCCAUGGACACUGGGUAGGCGAAGGAAGCCGCGGCCUGAGUGCAUUGGCGGGAUGCCGGCAAGCUGCACGGGGACACUCUACCGCAGACCCUAAGGGACAUCACGGCACUGGCCCACAGUAUGGGUUUCAGACAGGUGACAGGCAGAUGUGGUGGAGCUGCUGCAGAGCCCCAGCACAGACCUGUCCAGCGAGGAACUGAUGGGACUGGAGCAGGAGCAUACUGCUGGAGAGGAGGGCGAGGACAUCUCACCUGUCUUUCGGCGGCUCAUGGCCAGGCACUUGGCCGUGGUUUUGGCAUGCUUGGAUGCUGGCCUGCAGAUCAUUAGUGACAGUGACCCCAACCUGGAGUACAGCCUCAGAGUCUACAUCACCAGCUGCUAUCGAGAGCUUUUCAAGGAGAAGAGAGGCCCCAAGGGGUGGUGGUGGGGGUGGUGGUUGGGAGCUCCAGGGACUCAGCACUUGGCUGGGGAGAGGGCUUCCUGAUGGCUCCCUUUGCUUGUGUUGAAGUUGCAAUAGCCUGAAUUUUCCCAUUUCAUUAUAUUCCUCAAAUGGUUUUUUGUCAGCAAAUAAUUUAUUAUUUCCAGUGAACUUCUCAAAUACAUGGCUUUAAAAGCCUUGAUGAA